AUGGAGUUUGCCUGUCCGUCAGUCAGUGAUCUGUUUCUUUCUAAAGGAGGUUUAGACCAGGUCAUUGGUCUCGGAGGGGAGAAACUAAGUCUUUAUGUGCCGUCAGAAGCAAUAAUUGAGCCAAUAUCCCCAGCAGAGGAAGUACCAGAUGAAAGUACUCUUACAAUUGUGACACACCAGGCUGCUGGGGAGGAAGCAUCAGGAACUGCUAAUACCACUCAGUUGGAUAAUUUAUCAUCAGAUCUCGGUGUGCCAGAUGAGAUAAUAGAAACCAACGGUUUAUUAUUGGAUUUAAAUCCAAGCGAAUCCCUGGAGGGUUCCGACCUAAAGGAAGCUACAGGUACAAGUGUCCAGUUGUUAAAAUCAUCUAAUGAAAACGGCUCCCCUGAAGGCUCAAAGUCCACCACUAUGGCCCCUAAAGAUGCAGGGUCCUCUAAAGGGGAUAAAUGGGCCAGAAAAUUCAUCCCUCCGAAGAAGGAUCGAUUGGAACCGCUAAAGAUUGAUAUGUCCAGACCCCCAGUCAUUCCCCUGACCUCAUCUCAGCUCUCGCUGCAAUGCCUGGAGUGCCACAUCAUCUUCAGCGACGACAGAAGCAAGCAGCGCCACAUCAAGAUGAACCACCCCAGCGAGUAUGAACAGUUCGUUCUUGGAGAUUCGUAUUUUACCUGCUAUGUGUGUGACCAGUAUUUUACCUGCUCCACCGAGCUCAUGGCCCAUCAGCGCGCUCACACUGAGAAGCAGCCGUUCAAGUGCCCCAUAUGUGGAGAAGCCUUUAGUCGAUCAAGCGAGCUCACAACCCACAAGAGAGUGCAUUUCAGCAAGCAACAGGGGGGGUACAGCUGUUUGGACUGUGGCAAGAUCUUCAAAACCCUUACCCUGCUCAGGUACCACCAGCGCAAACACACUGGAGAAAAGCCAUACGUUUGUUUAUAUAAGCAAUGUUCCAAGAGGUUCUGCAUGCGCAGUACUCUUCAGAAACAUCUGAGAGCACAUGAAAUACAGAACACAGAAGGCCCUUUGCAUUUUACAAAGAAAAAGAAGAUUAAAGAAUCAUUAGAUGUUGGGGUUGCUGCUGAGCAAGAAGAAACUCUGAUUCUGGAAGAGGCAGCAAUGGUUUCCUUAGAGUAUCAAGAGAAACAGGUUCCAACUGUUCAUCCAGAUUUGACAGAAACGCAGUCAAAUGAGAUACAUGAGGUUCACUGUGAAGUUUUGCCAGAACUGACUGAAAAGACAGUCCCAACUUCUCCGUUGGAGGCCAACCAAGAGCUGUUACAUUCAACAGAGGAGCAAGAUGUUGUAGUUGCUUCCAAUGUUGAAACUCUGGCAACAGACAAUGCUUCAUCUUUGAUUUCCAUACCUGACUGUGAAAAUAGGCAAACAAGUGAGAAUGAAGAUGUGUCAAAAUCAGCAGACAUUUUCGAUUCAGACAAUACCAACACAAAAGAACAUCAAGUGGUUGAACCCCAGGAUCAAAACCCUGAGGUAAGAGAUUCUUUAGUAGAACCUGAGCUACAAGCUGGGCAGGAAAACCUAGAUAACCUUGAUAAUAAUCCAGAUCCUAUACCUCAGUCUGAGCAGCUGGAUCUAAUUCCAUCUGAGGAUGUAAAGUCACAGAUCUCUGAAUCGCAGUCAUCUCUGAGCAAUGUGCACCAUGAUCAGGAAAGGCCUCCAUUGGAAGAAGCACCAAGUAGCGAAGCUGAAAUACAGCAAAGCACAUUGGCAACUGAGGAGCAAGAUCUCUCAGGUCCAAAAGAUUCUCAGAAUGUUAAGAGAGCUCUGCCAAUGAAGAAGAAAACAUCUAAAAGACAGGCACCUCAUAAGGAUAAGGCUGGGAUAAAGAAAUCACAGAUGGCUUCUGCUAAAAGAAACAACACUUCAUCAAAGGCUUCAAAAAAACAAGAGACGGUAAAAAGUAAGAAACUUCUAGUGCGGUUUGGGCCUAGAGAAAAAAAGGAAAAACUAUCAAAGCGGAAGCUGUUACAAAUCUCUAAGACAAGUAUGUACAAAGAUCAACAUGAUGUUGUUUCAGAUAGAGUUCCUGCUUUGUCAAAAAAGGAUACACAACAGUUAAAACAGAAAAAGAAAAACCAGAAACACGAAAAAGGGAAAAGAACUAAAAAGUCUGGGCUCAUCAAGGGCCUUAAUCUUUCUAGUGAUCCAAAAAUUAUAAAAGUUCCAGAGCAAACACUUCGAGGAAAACCCAAGAAGAGAAAACUUGAAAACCAAAAAGAAAUGCUAGGUAAGGUAAGAAAGCCUGCUCAGGAGACCCAACAAGAUGAAUCACCUUUACCAAAGAAAAAAAAGCCCACAAAGACUCCAGACACACCUCCUAAAAAGAAAACUAAAGCUAACGAAGCGGAAAGUAAAGCAAAGAAAAAAAGCCAGAAGUUAGAAAAACAGACGGAAAAAGACCAAAAUGUGUCAUUGCCCUCAACAAUGGAUCAAAUAAAACAAGCAGCCUUGCUCUUGCUGAAAGGUCACAAGCAGCCACAGCUGAAAGUGCAUAAGCUGGAUGCAAAGACCACAGGACUAGACCAACAACUAACACACAAGUUCCAAACCAAAGAAGCCACCAAUCAGCUAACCACAGUUGUGCCGGCAGCGAAAGGGACACAAAACAAAUCUCCUAAAACAACAAGCCAAAAGAAAGGCAAAUCAAUUGGAAAGAAAUCCAGAAAGGUGCAAAAUGAGUCGCAAAAGCCCUCUGUUGAUGACUUGACUUCUAAAUCCUUUGGUGAAAAACAGAAAAUUGUAAGAAAGCGAAAGGCUUGGACAAAAAUAGAUCAGGAAAUUGCGUUAAGUCCUCCAUAUUCUCGAGUCGUCAUUGGAUGUCACGAUUGUGGGAAACAUUUUUCAGAGGUGUCUGCUUUGCAAGAGCACAUGGCUUCCAUUCACUGUCAGAGUGGAGUCUCUCAUCUGAGCUUUACGUCAAAUGAUACAAUCCCUGUUAAUACGGUCCACUCAAGGAGCUUUGAAACUCGGGUGUCUUCAGAUUGGGAGGUAGAUCCUGAGUUGAGAGAGAUUGGUUUGGAUGACCGAGGUGAGCACAGACCAUCUUUUCCUGCCCUUUGUCCUUCACCUUCUUUCCCAAUGACAGCAAAUCCUGUUGAAGGACAGGCCAAAGAGGAUGACCAUAUUUGUCAGGAGACCCCUCUAGAACAUUCAGAAGCACUUGGGGAAAAUGCCAGAGAGGUGACAUCUACAGAAGUGGCUACCUGCCAUGAUGACACAGUUGGCAAAAAUGCAAGGGAACUUGAGAUCACAGAAAUACAGUCAGUUUCUGAGUCCCAGGAAAACAUGGACUUUAAAGAGGAGUUGCCUUUAGAUGUAAAUUUAGUCAUGGUUGAAGAGCAAAAUGAAGUCGACAUCCAUGUGUCCACUCAGGCCAACAACUCUCAAGAAGCUUCUGACGAACAGGAAGAUGAGCCAAACAGCAGCCAAGUGAACCACAUUCCCGCACAGGACCAGUCUCCUGCAAAAACUGUGAAUUCAGCGUCCACACAAUAUUCUGAUUCCCACUUAUUGGAACAACCUGAGGUUAAGCAAGAAGAGGGGGAGAUAGUCAUUCAGAAAGUACGGAACCAAGUGGUGGCGAGAGGUAGAAGAGGACGAGGAGGUAGGGGUAGAGGAAAAAGACGACCUGCUGAAAACAGAGUUAUGAAAGAGAUGGUGUCUAACGAUGAAGACUGUAGCGUUGUUUAUGAGCUUUAUUCACUUACUGAUAACCAUGAUGCAACGACUGAGAAUGUGAACAAAAAAAGGAAAUCAAACGAUGCCACUGCAGCUUCUGUACAACCAGCUUUGGAGGAAUCGGAUGGUUCACAGAUUCAGAAGCCUGGAGAAGAGGAUGAGAACAGUGGUUCCUGCAGACAGGAAGAGAACACUGUUCAUCACCAGCCAGAGAUCAUGAGAAAGAAUGACAGUCCACAUCCAGCUAACGAGGUAGUAAAUCUUGAUGGCACUUCUGCAGAUGUGAAAUUAGAAGCCAGUUCAUUAGCUCCUGCACCCAAUGAUGACCAGCCUGCUGAGAGAGGUGUACUGCAAGGGGUUCAUGUGAUUCUGGUAAAAGCAGAGGAUCACCAUAUUUUAGAUGAUGUCAGUGUGUUUCAGGAAAACCAACAGUUGCAAAUGUCUGCUUCACAUCUGGAAGAGUCCCUGGACCAUCCUACAUCUAGAAUUCCCUCUGAUGCUUCUCCAGUUCCUCAGCCUGUUGGCAAGCAGUGCAUUUUCUAUCCAGUUAAGGAGGAGCAGGGAGAGAUGCUGGUGGAGCCUUCUCUUGAUGAACAAGGGAUUUUAGCUGGAUUGGAGGAUUGUGAGGCGAUCAGGGUAGGAUGCACCCAAAUGGAAAUGCAACCUAAUGUGAGCUCGAGCGCUGUAGAGGGCAGUGUGGGUACAGAGCAACAGAGCACAGAAGACUUUUUAGAGUUCCUCUCCCAGGCUUCAGAUACGGAAGACUCUGAUAACUUUCAAUCCGAGCCAGAAGCUGAAGCUCUUAUCAUGUCCUGUUACCGUGGAAUUCACACCAACGAAAGAGGGUGCCAACCGGAAAAGUCCGGCUUAGAGCGGCAUGGCAGAAAUUCUAACAGUGUAGAUUCUUCUCCAUCAGACCACCAAGGUGAUGGUAGCAGAGAGCCCCCUAAGCAUAUAGACUACUUCACUCAGUAUUUUGGUUUGAAUACAUGGAAAGAAAUUGCAGCCUGCACAAAGCAAGUGUCAAAACUACCUGUUACUGCAAAAGAGGUGGCCCAGUUUGUAGGAAUCCACAUUGCAAUGGGAACUCUGAAGUUUCCUAGUAUUAAGCUGUACUGGGAGGAUUACACCCGAGUGCCCCUGAUUGCUGAUGCCAUGUCUACGUCCAGGUUCUCUGAACUCGUUUCUAGACUGAGGUUGGCCAAUUCCAAAGAUAGUCCAAUCAGAGAUGACCACAGUAAUGGAAGGAAUACAGACCAGAUGGACCCCGAAGGUGAAGCACUAAGACACGGUCCUGAAGAUUUGUCAGUCAACAAUUCCACAACAUGCAGGAUCCAAGGUGCGGAGAAUUGCACAGCACCAGACCCAGAUCCACUGUGGAAGGUUCAGGCAAUAAUCAAGAGAGUUCAAGAAAGAUGUCGAGUCCUUAAAAGAAACGGAAACCAUGGGGUUGAUCAGUAUCGCCUUCCUUUUGAGAGACACCCGACACACUCGUUGGAUCACACUGUGAUGGUCAGUGCUGCCGGGCAGGUGAUGGACUACAGCUUACAGGUAAAUGACAGCAACCGUGAGGAAGUCGUUGAGAAAAUGGUUUCUCAGGAAGAAGGCGAUAACCUUGAUAAAGGAAUGGUGUUUCUUUGCAAGCCAGAGUUAUCAACACCUUCCAUGUUGGAGCAUCUUCUUAAAUCUGGAGUACGCAGUGCUGGAAAGGUCGGUGGUUCCAGGGGACAAAUAGGUGAUGAGUUUGUCACCUCUGAUGGGAAACUAAAACUUUUCAGAUGCCAUCAUGGCUUCAUCUUGUCUGCUGUAACGAAGGAGAAGUCUCGUUCAACAUCCCUCGUUAGUGGUUUUGAGCGGGCUAUCAAAGCUGCGAACCUGAACAGAGACUUGAGAAGCCUUUAUCGGACACCAUGUACAAACCCAUCACCCGGUGCUUGGCCACAGUCUGUGCUUUGGGAACUCGUAGAUCUGGCAUUAGUGAACUCUUGGUUAGAGUACAAGCAAGAUCAAAACCACCUUUCAGAGCCACUUUCACUAAUGGCAUUCCGUUUAGAAGUUUCCAAAGGUUUAAUCCUUGCCAGCAGUAUUGACACACAAGGCUUCUCACCCCCAUAUCCUCCAUCUCCAAUGCGAUCUGACUCAGCUACAUCCGUAGGCAUUUCUGAUGCAUUUGACACCCCUUUGCCUGAUGUGGCUACACGGUACGAUGGUUUAGGCCAUUGGCCAGAACAGCUUUCCGAAGGUGAAGAGGCCAGGUGUAGAUUCGGAGGUUGUGAGAGAACAUCCAGAGUACGGUGUCUCAAAUGCUGUGUGUUCCUCUGUAUCUCCCGAAAUCACAACUGCUUCCUGAAGUUUCACAGUCAUGGAAGUGAAUAA